CAAACUUCCAACUUUUCCAUCAUAUUUUUCCAAUUUCAACCAAACUUCUAAUUUUAACAUGAACUAAACACACCCUAAGCCAAACGAUGGAGCCAUAAAUUUCUACGUUCUCGGCACGUCUCACGGUCUCACGCCGUUUGCACGAAACAAACGUGACACUGAUACACACGCGUACAGCAACAAACCGAAUACGUACGAAAACUCCACCUUCCCAAGUCACGCACGGAGCAAAGAGACGAAAGUUACCGAAACAGAACACGGGGACGACGAGACGCACCUUAAGGGUGUGUUUGGUUGCCUGCAUGGAACCUGGCUCGCACACGUGGAUGCAGUGGGUCGCUGUUUGGUUGCCUGCACCUUACUCCCAGCCAGGUUGAGCGGAUGCAAAAAAGCCCCCACAGCCAGGCUGAGCAGGAACGCUCGAUUUGAGCUUCGCUGCUCGGCCAGGCCCGCGCGAUGCAACGCGCUGCACCCGCGUGUGCAAGGGCAGGUGAUGGGGUCACCACCCCGCCCCUUGCCCCCUCCUCAUUUUCUCCCAACGAACGAUAGGGCGACGACAAGCUCUACGGAGGGAAUGGCACCCGACGAAUCUGACUUACUGCUGCAUCCCCCUCCUCUUCCCACCAUCCCCCCCUCAAUUUCUGGCCACCGCUGUGCCCAGACAUCCUCGCUAAUGGCGUGAGCACUGCCAGAUCCAGCUAGUGAUGAGGAGGCAAAAAGCUUGACGGCGACGAGCUCAGCGGAGGGCGCGGCGACGAGGACAGCGGAUCCACCGUGCUGUCGCGUCCCUCCUCCUCUUCCCACUGUGCCCCCAUCUUCAAUCGCCGGCCACCGUCGUCUCCCUCUGUCAGCCAGAUCUGAUGGAGCGGAGGAGCGGCGAGCAGCGAGCAGCGGACGGAGAGGAGCAUGAGAAGAUGGGCGGAGGAGCAGUGGACGAAGAGAAGCGCCGGAAGACGGGCGGAGGAGCGGCGAACGGCGGGCAGAUGGGCGCACAUGCGGCUGUGGGCAGAGAGGAGUUGAUGGUGACGAAGGCAGCACCGAUCCCCUUCCUCUAUUUCUUUCGUUUCUUUUUUUUUUGCCCCUCGUUUUGCGUUUUCUCUUUCUUUCUUUCGUUUUUCACUAGCAACAGAGAAGUCUGUAUGUAGAAUUACUAGUAGUAGAUUAGUUUCACCGGUUCAUCCACCUUAAGAAUUUUUUUAAUUAUUUUUUUAUAUAUUGUAGAGGUAACCUCACCUAACUAUAUGUAUACGAAGAGAUAACCACACUCACAUCAUGCAACCAACCAAACAAAAUUCCUUCUAAACAGUAUCCCUCAUACAGGCAACCAAAACAAAAUCUCAUGUUAGCCUGGCUAGACCAAUACAACUAACCAAACAGCUACAUAUGUAUUCUUCUGGCCAGGUCAAACUCAGCCUAGAUGAGAGAGAUAGCCAGGCUAGGGUGAUACGGGUAACCAAACACAACCCUAAAUUUCUCGCGUCACCCCCCCCUGCUGAAACGCAACACAUCCCGCCAAAGACGACGACGACGAAAUACCAGAGACGCCAUCGCCACGGAGACGUGAACACCGAGCGAGCGCUCUCUCUCUCUCUCUCUCGCCAAAAAACGUACGUUUUCUGGCGCAUUGUCAGCGUGUGCCUUGGCCAAAUUUACCCACGCAAGCUAGCGGCAUCUGACGCGCGCGCCGCCGAUGAAACGGGCCUGCCGCUUUGGCAUCGUGCGGUGCCACGGUUAACCGCACCACCACCACCACCAAGCACCAACAACAACAACAAAAAAACGCAUUGAUUGCGCGGCGACGCGAGCCACAGCCACAGCCCCCACCGGGUUUAAUACCAUCGCGUUGGCUGGCCUGGCAUCCAUCGGCAGUGGCAGUGCAGUGCAAAACGAGAAUUAAUCUAGGCUAGCUACUACCACCUGAGUUUGCUGUUGCUGUUGCUGUUGUUGCAUGCGGCUGUGACGGCGGCGGCGGAGAUGAUGUGCGGGAAGGAGGAGAAGCUGCUCGGGGUGCAGAAGGCGCCGGGGAGUUGCCCGUACUGCGGCGGAGGGGUGGCGGCGACGGACGUGGAGGCCAAGUGGGUGCUCUGCUUCCUCCCGCUCUGCCUCAACAACAAGCGGAGGUUCUCCUGCACCGCCUGCAACCGCCGCCUCGUCUCCUACCCCGCAAUUGUCCAUGACUAGUAGUAGUAGCGACCUCUCUUUCUCUUCUCUUCCUUUUUCUUUUCUUUUGUUUUAUUUUCUUUUCCCCUGAUUCGGAGAUUUGUCGUCGUCUAUCUUCUCCGGGAAGGUGAUUUGAUAAAUUCUGUUCUAGAUCUGGAACUAGCUGCUUCUUUCCCAGCGAGAAGAAAAAUAGAGCAUAUGUAGUAUUUGAUGAGUUGGUUCUUGUUGCGUUUAUUUUUUGGUUCGUCCAUGGAUGGUGAACAAGGGGUGUUAUUGCCGAUGCUGCGUGUACGACGAUGUGUUGGUUCCGUGAUGCUAGGUACCUAAAAGAAAGAAAAAGACUGCGCGAAGUUGA